GAUCUGUACUGUAAACACAUAUAGUACUUAUCAGAAUAGAGCAAAAAGAUGUUAGUAAGCAUGAGUGUAGAAAUCAACAGUUAUUGAGUUACGUGUAAGGAUAAACUUUAUUUCAUUACAAUAAGUGUUGAAAGUGUAUCUCGUCCGUUUUGAUAAAUUCAUCAACACAUUUAUGCCUAGUUUUCCCCCUUAUUUUUUUAUAAGAGGGACUGUUAGUAAUCGCUACCAAAUACGAUACUGAGGCAACUGUCUUACAGUAAGUAACUUAUAAUUUGUGUGUUUCUUUUUUUAUUGAUGAAAUAAGAAAACACAAAGAAUGUGUCGAAAUAGAAGGAAGACACUUGAGAUACUUGAUACGACGAAAUUAAAUUUUUAUUUAUAAAUCGAAGAUCAUCUUUUUUUUUACUUAUUUUGAUUAGUAUUAUAUGUGCCCACAGUUUGGACCAUAAAUGUUAGCACACGCUGUAUAUGUACAUAUGUGUGUAUAUUAUCGAAUCUGCGAAACACCUAUAGGCGUAACAGUGAUCAAAACACCAAUCUUCAAUGUCCAUUAGUUCCUACUACGUUUGCACGUAGUCUUGGAUGUAUAUGAUUGUGGAUUAAAACGGAUCGCACCAAAUCAAGUCCUUUCUUUGAAAGUUAGAUAUUAUUUUAUACGUUCACUGUCCUUAAGAUAGCGCCACUUUAUGACAACCUUUUUUGACAUCUAGAACAUGUUUUGAUAUAUUCUACAGUUUACGAAAGCAAUCUUUGAUUACCUUUGCGCUAGGUCAUGAAACCGUUCCUUUAUUACGUUAUGCAAUGUAUGUACGAUGGUGGUGAAAUUUUUUUGCCCGGUGAAUGCGUACUGUGUAGUUCAUAAAAUUCACUUUAUUAAACACAAAUAAAAAGGAAGAACGCUAGUAGUUUUACAGUUUUAUGUGAAAACGAAUUCCAAAUAAGCUUACGAACAGAAGAAAUAAAUCAGUGACUAUUAUUUUGUAUAAAUAUGUAAAUGCAGUAUUUAAUCAUGUAACAAAUAUUGUAAGGAACUAUUUUGUAUAAACUAUGAAAUAAUUGUUGUGAUAUAAGCCAAAUAAAUUUCUAUUAAUAUUUAUUUACGUCAUAACUCAUUUUCCCUUUCAAUGUAUUCAUAGAUUUGUUAUUAAAAUUUUAUUUUCUACACUGCUCGUGUUUUUUUCCCUUCAAAGAAUACAAGUGUGAGAAUUUACUUUUCUGUAUAGUGUACAUAAAAAGUAAUUGUUUCCAUAGUUACGACAUGAACGAUUUACCAAAACAUUGCGCGCCUGUAUGUAUCAGUUGAAUAAAAUGUCUGUUUAAAGACUAAUUCAUUAAAAUUUUGGUGAAUAAACGAGUGUGAUUAUAAAAGAACAUGAGUACAUUUAUACAAAAUGUGCAUAUAAAAGAUGGAGAAUAUACAAAAACAAUUUAUACAAUGAUUAAAGAACAACGAUAUGCAGAAACAAUAAAAGUUUUGGUUACACUUCUAGAUUCUUAUACUUCUUCCAGACCUUGCUUAUCACUUCUUGCUCACUGUUAUUUCUACACACAAGAUUUUAUAGCUUCUGCACAGUGUUAUGAAAAAUUGGUUCAGUUGUGCCCAGAUGAAAAUGUAUACAAAUUAUAUCAUGCUCAAUCUUUGCAUCAAGCAUGUAUGUACCAAGAAGCUUGGACAAUAUGUUCCAAUAUUAUUAAUCAUAGUAAUUUAGAAUUUAAAGUAAAAAAGCUAGAGGCAGCAAUAAAAUAUGGCCAAGAGGAUAUGGUUGCUGCAAAAAGUCUUGUGGAUCAAUGUCCAACAGACGAUAUUGACACAGAAAUCAAUUUAGGAUGUCUUUUGUAUAAGGAAGAACAGUAUGAGCAAGCUUUGAAAAGAUUUUCAAAUGCAUUGCAAAUUGCAGGUUUUAAACCUCAUUUGUCAUAUAAUGUAGCACUUUGUUACUUCAAAUUAAAAGAAUUUGCUGCAUCGCUAAAACACAUUGCUGAUAUUAUUGAGCAAGGUAUAAGAGAACAUCCAGAAUUAGGAGUAGGAAUGACAACAGAAGGUAUAGAAGUACGGAGUGUUGGAAAUACAUUGACACUUCAUGAAACAGCUUUAACAGAGGCAUUCAACUUAAAAGCAGCAAUUGAAUAUCAAUUGCAAAAUUAUGAAGCAGCAAAAGAAGCUUUAACAGAUAUGCCUCCUAGAUCUGAAGAAGAACUUGAUGCUGUUACUUUACAUAACCAGGCCUUAAUAAAUAUGGAUAUAAAACCAAGCGAGGGAUUUGAAAAAUUACAAUUUUUAUUGCAACAAAAUCCAUUUCCACCUGAAACAUUUGCUAAUUUAUUGCUUUUGUAUUGUAAAUAUCAAUAUUAUGAUUUAGCUGCUGAUGUUCUAGCUGAAAAUGUGCACUUGACUUAUAAGUAUUUAACAUCGUAUUUAUAUGAUUUUUUGGACGCAUUAAUUACACAACAGACUUCACCUGAAGAAGCGUAUCGUAAAUUUGACGAUCUUGGCAACAAACACAUGGAAACAUUAAGAAAAGCAACGAAACGGGUUCAAGAAGCAAGAUUAAAUCAUGACGAUAACGCUGUCAAAAAAGCAGUAAAUGAUUACGAAGAAGCUUUGGAGAGAUAUGUGCCCGUUUUAAUGGCACAAGCCAAAAUUUAUUGGGAACUUGGAAAUUACAUGCAGGUUGAGAAAAUUUUUAGAAAAAGCGUAGAAUUUUGCAACGAACACGAUGUAUGGAAGUUAAAUGUCGCUCAUACACUAUUUAUGCAAGAAAACAAAUUUAAAGAAGCAACGGGUUUUUACGAACCAAUUGUUAGGAAAAAAUAUGAUAAUAUUUUGGAUGUAAGCGCUAUAGUACUCGCCAAUUUAUGCGUAAGUUAUAUACUGACAUCACAGAAUACAGAAGCUGAAGGAUUAAUGAAGAAGAUAGAGAAAGAGGAACAAGCGGUAUCGCGAGAAGAUCAGGAUCAAAAAUUGUUUCACUUGUGCAUUGUAAAUUUAGUAAUUGGUACAUUAUAUUGUUCUAAAGGGAAUUAUGAGUUCGGAAUAUCUAGAAUAAUGAAGAGUUUGGAACCUUAUAAUAAAAAGUUAGGAACAGAUACUUGGUUCUAUGCGAAGAGAUGUUUUCUGUCUCUUUUAGAACAACUGGCCAAACAAUUGGUAGUUUUAAAAGAUACAACGCUUCAGGAAUGUAUACAAUUUUUAGAACAUUGCGAAGUUUACGGAAGGGAUGUAGUGACUGUAGUAGAACAACCUUUCGACUUACAAGAUAUGCUUUCGACUACUCCACAAGGUAAACAGACAGUUGCGUACGAAGCGCGAUACUUGAAAGCUCUAUUUUUAAAAUUACAAAUGUCCUAAACUUUAUUAUAUUUGCGUCAUGUUAUACUAUUUUAUGGAAUAUUUAUUAAAAAUGUAUAAUAUAAAAUAUUAAAAGAAGAAAAUAAUUACUACUCAAGGCAUAUAUUAUUAUUCUUACGAAAUUAAAUAGAUGUUUCGAUAUUUUGGAGAUAAGACACCCUAUAUGACUACUCCUGUGAGCGGUUUUUAGUGCUAGUGGUGCCAUCGGUGGCAAAACGCACAAGUUUGUAGUGAAAGUAGUUCCCUAUGUUGCUGCUUGAAGACGCCACUGAGUAAAGGGUGAAUUACUUAUUGCUGCAUUGAAUAACUAUUUAUAAAAAUGAU